CUUUUUUAGUGCCACUUUGGGCACCGCUUUCAUAGGAGGUUCUUCCGGGAUGCAUCCCUUCGACACGUGUCGCGUUUUCGUAAUCAGAAGAUAUCUUUUAUAUUUAGUUUUUCUAAUUUAUUUUAGUCUUUAAAUCAGCGCUUCAUUUUCAUCUCAAUGUAAUCUAAAGUUGAAUCGGGCGAUUCAACGUUAAUUACAAAAAAAAUUUAUGGGCUUUUAAUUCUAAGUGUUCAUUUGGUGUCCCCAAGGUCGGCACCUGCCCACCUCCGUAGUGUCACAGUAGUGCGCAUCACUUCGUUGCACGCAAGAAUUGAAAUCAAAUUAUUUUGCAAUAAUUAAUUAAUUUGACAAAAUUUUCUUUCCUAAUUAAAUCUGCAGUUAUCAGACAGGAUGCACGCCAAACUCUAGCAAGGAUGUGGCAGGAGUUCAAUUUCGUACGGAACGAACUCCACCCCUUUCUUCCUAAAAAUUCGCACGUUCCAGAAGUGGGUGGGAUAAACUGGGGGAGUUGCCGAACACAAUAAUAAACAAACCUAUUUAAAAUUUAACUUACGAUAUUCACGUUAAUUCGAGUCGCUGCACCUAAUGUAUUUAACAAUAAAUAUUAAUUACAGUACUUAAUUGAGUUAUAUAAUUUUCUAAUGUUAAAGUCGACUAAUCACACGCUGGCAUUAAAAAUUAUUUUAAGAUGAGUCUGCAUUUAUUUUACUCGAAAACUAGAGUAGACACGUUUAACUGUAGCAAAAUUAUUUAAAAUCAGAUUCAAUUUUUUUUUAAUAUCAAAUUUAGAUAAUUUGUACACAAUACUUUCACCUUGAAGUGUUCCAUAUUUAUUACAUUCACGCGACCGGAUUUCUAUUUUGUUUCAAAACUGCAUGACAAGUCGGAUCACUUUAACCGAGCCAAGUGUGCCAUUGCCGUUUCCUAAAUUAAUUUCUGUAUGUGAACAACUAGAAUAAUAUUUUCGAGUGUUGAAAGGGAUAGAGUUGUAAUGACUGAUGAUAAUCUAGCUCAAGUUCAUCCUCUAGAAAAUGCAGAUGAAACCAUUCAACAACUGCUGAAAGAAAGUAAAUUGGCUUAUGCUUAUUCUUAUUCUCCCUAUAGCAGUGCGUGUGUUGGUGCUGCGAUUCUUUGUCACGAUGGAAAUAUAAUCAAAGGAUGCAAUGUUGAAAACUGUUCUUAUGGCUUAUCUAUUUGUGCUGAAAGAAAUGCCAUCUGUGCAGCUGUUGCCAGAGGAUAUUGCAAAUUUAAAGCAAUUGCUAUAUCAAGUAACAUAAAAGAUUUAUUUAUAUCACCAUGUGGAGCUUGCAGGCAGUUCAUGAUUGAGUUUGGAACAACUUGGGAUGUUUAUAUGACUGAUAAAGAACUUAAUUACAGAAAGGCCACAGUAUCUGAAUUAUUGCCAUUCAGUUUUGUUCCUGAAUAUUUGAAGAAGUGAUCAUAUUUAUAGCUUUUUCUGUAUUUUCACAGAAAACAUUUUUCAAAAAUUC